GUUACAGUAGCCUAUAUAUAAGCCCUGCACCCAAAGUCCACAAUCGCACAGGAGCUCUCGGUUUUUCCUAGAAACCUUUCGACGACGUGUACGACGGCCAGGGCCUGCGCGGGCUACUUUCUGACCGUCUCGUGCCACCAUGACGCUGCACGAUGACGUCUACGCGUUGAAGCCGCGGCCGGGGACGCCGUUCGUGGUAGACGGGGAGCUGCUGACGGUGACGCUCGUCUUUUCUCUGACGGCCGCCGCGUUCCUGCUUAUUAUCCCGGGAAUACGGGGAAAGCUGAGGCUCUUCUGGAUGUGCAGAAUAUUUCUUAGUUUAUUCAUUGGGGUGGUGAUGGUUGCCGUCCAGUUUUCCAGUAGUUGGGCAUCUGCCCUUGUGAGGGCGAACACCACAUACAAAUCCUUCAGCAGCACAUUUGUGAACGCAGAGGUGGGCCUGCACGUUGGCUUGUCUGGGAUCAACAUCACUCUGAAAGGAAAUCCAGUGGUGCAAUUGAAUGAGACCAUUAACUACAAUGAGGCAUUUUACUGGAGGAAUAACUUUGAGGAGGACUAUGCUGAGGCCCUGGAGAAAGGCCUUCCCACUCCUAUCCUGUACAUUGCUGAGAAGUUCACCCACAAAAGCCCCUGUGGCUUCUACUCCCAGUACAGAUACUCUGGAAGAUAUGCCUCAGCAACUAUGUGGACAGCCUUCUGCUGCUGGCUCGUGACCAACAUCCUGCUCUCCAUGCCUGUCCUACUGUAUGCAGGCUGUUUGAUGGUGGCCUCUGGAGCCUUCAUGUUCUUCUCUCUAACUGCUUUCGCCACUGCACACAAUCUGUCUCUGUGCACCUUCACUGUGGAUACAGCUUCCUUUCAGACCAGCCUCAGCACCUCUUUCUGGCUGGCACUGGCAACAGGUGUGCUCUCUACUGUCACUGGUGUCCUGGUUGUGGUUUUGGACUACGUGGCCCCUGGAAAGUUGAGGGAGACCUUCGGUGUGUCAGCACAUAAUGAUAAUGAUGACAUUGCUCCUUUGGGGGUGGUGUACCACAAUAACAACUUCCUCAUGUCACCUUUGCCAGCAGGGACUCCAGAUUUUGCUGCAACUGAGAUUACGCAAGAGAUGGCAAAACACUGUAUUUAAGACUUUGUGGAGGCAUGACUUCAUGUCUCAGGCCCAGGCCAUUCUACUUUCUGGGAGAGGCAUGGGACCAGUUGAAUAAGACUAAGAUGGAAACGCUGCAUCCGUCUGAUUAGUUUCUCACUUUACAUUGGCACAAAUGUAAAUAAUGUAUCUGUAAAGCUAUUAUGCUUUGUAAAUAAUAAAAUCAGCUAUACAAAACAUUUGUGAAAUUUGCCAUGUUAGCAACUGAAAUCAAUUGUCUUUUAUAUAUCCAUGCCUAUGUAUGCUUGUUUAUGUUGUACUUAUGUAAACCAAUACAGGUGGUCCCCGAUGCUGAGCUGGCGAUAGACAUUC